UUGCCACGCGCCAUCUCCACUUCCUCCAUGGUUUAUGGUCGCAGCGAAUAUCCAAACUUGCAAGCCGAGCUGAGGCUGCGGAACGCCCCUGCGACGCUCCUUACCUCAUUGACUCGCAAAGGCACUGCCUCAACCGCGUUCAGGACCCGUCAAACGCACCGCAGACUGCCACCCCGUCUCCGCGACGCUGCAGAUUUAGGCUUACCAUCCAACAACGAUGCUGCAUCCAACUUGUCACGGGGGAAUCUCUCCGCACUUGAAAAAGGCGACGAUGACGACAGCUGCGACAACAGCGACGACGACGCCACCAGCCAAGUCCACGACGACAUGGCUCAUAUGGACGAUAUCCUCCUGGCCACGCAGUCCCAUCAUCAUGACGAAUUGUCGGUAGCACGUACAGCAGCUUUGUCACCACAUGCAGCCUCGACUGUGCCACCACGACUGCACGAGUCGAACAGCUGCACUCUCGCCAACGCCAGAGAGAAGGCGUUGAAAGGAUCGUCAUGUCUAAGCCAUAGCCAAUCCGAACCAACGUUGCCGUCCAGAUGCCUCGACCACCGCACGAACGUCAGCAAUGCUACCCCUGUCAUGAUCCUUGGCCACGGUCGGCUACGCGUGCGGUAUGCCCGACGAAAGUGCUCGUCCAAUCCUUCCCAACUGCGACGACUCCCAGCGUUCCUACCUGCCGCGGCUGCUGUGAUUCCUCCCCUAGAAGAAGACAACGAGACCGGUUUCUUCCUCACCGAGAUGGACCUCGACAGCGCGUACGUUCCUCUGGCGAAAGGCCUCGCCCUCGGCGCGUAUCAGCUGUACGGCCAAUGCCACAUCGACGCCGCCCUGACCACGUUUCGCAGUGUGCUGCGCGCGGCAGAGGAGUUGGACGACAUUGUGCUGCAAGCCCUCGUGUGCCACCACAUGGGGACUGCGGAAAAGGAUGCAGGUGACCUGUCGGCGUCCCGUGCGAGUCACACAAAGUGCAUUCAACUUGCGCAGUCGGUGCAUCACGCCAAGUUACAAGGCCGAGGGUUCAAAGGCCUUGGCGUUGUCUGUGUGUCGUCCCAGCAAUACUCCGCCGCGUACGACUACCAUGUUAAGUGUAUGGUGAUCGCAACGUCCGAGAGUGACCACGAGCUCGCGUCACGGACGCAUGCGAAUCUUGGCAACGUGUUUGCCGCAAAACGGCAAUACGUGGAUGCCAUUGCGAGCCACACGAACGACCUGAGUUUGAGCACACAGCUCGAUUCAUACGUUGGCAUGGCCCGCGCCCACCGCAACCUCGCCCUCGUGUAUGCCAAAAUGAACGAUGUGGCACAGCAACGGCACCAUGAGGCUGAGGCUGCCGCGAAAGGCCCCAUGCCAUUCCUUCACGAUAUGACACACCACGCCCAUGACGUCGUGGGCAAUCUUUACUGCCAAGCUACGGUGGGGACAGCGAUGGCUAAAGUCGCCGGCCAGUUCAUCGAGGAGCUCGUCCGAGAUCUGAAGUGACCUUGGGCGACGCCCCCUCCCUCGCUUGAAUAGCCCAUGCAGUCGACUCGCCUCGAAACAAGAGCGACGCACACCCACUCCACCAGUGCGCCAUCGCCACGCGCAGAUGUUGAAUCUAACCACGUAACGAGAAGACGUGCAUUGAUC